GAGAGGUGUAUUCGAAGCACCACCGUCUCCGCAAGACGAGUCACGCGGGGAAGUUCAGUGCUCGGGAGCUUUGUCCCCUGCGCCGGCAAGUUGCGUGGCACCAGCUGCUUUGUUUCCAAAGGUUUCGGACCUCGUUACCACCAACACCGCACAAAAAAAAACGUGUCGCGUGUGAUCUCCGCUUCUUUGGCUCGCAGACGAGGGCCCUACACACAACGUCGAGUUGCCACGGCAGGCGGUAGGCGGAGGAAGGAGCACGUUGCAGCCGUAGCCGGGCAAGCCAUCCCCCAUGGGAGACAGGGAUCCCUGCCCCCACCGCAUCGUGGGCGAUGUCGGGGGUGCUUUUGCUUUCGGUCUGGUGGGUGGAGGGAUCUGGCACAGCGUCAAGGGCUUCAGAAACUCUCCCAAGGGCCAGGGCACACAGGGCGCUCUCAAGGCAGUGAUGUACCGCGCGCCGGUGUUGGGGGGAAACUUCGCUGUCUGGGGCGCCCUCUUCUCGGUGUGCGACUGCUCCCUGGUCGCCGUCCGCCACAAGGAGGACGCCUGGAACCCCAUCCUGUCCGGUGCCGCCACCGGCGGCAUCCUCGCCCUCCGGGCGGGACCCCGGACCGCCGCUAAGAACGCCGUCGUGGGCGGCGCGUUGCUGGCCGUCAUCGAGGGCAUGGGCAUCCUCCUGUCUAGGUAUAUGGCGCAGGCGGAGCCCCCGCCGAUGGAGGCCGGGGGCGACGCGGGGGGGGCCGGGGGGGGGCUGGGUGCCCCGCAGGCGCCGCGACCACUCGGGCUGGCGCCGCCGCUGCCGCCGGUCGGGGCGCCCACGGGGUACCGGCCGAUGGGGGACGGAGGCGAGGUGGACUCCUCGGCGACUAGAUCCCACGACGUGGUCACCGGGUCGGGCUUCGAGACCGGGUCGAGGUUCGAGGACACGCUGGCCACGCAAGAUCCGUUCGCGUCGAACACGGGGGACCGUUACCUGGAGGGCGGGGCGGGGCCACGGGGGGCGGGGGACGCGGCGGCGGCGGCAGAAGGAGCCGAGAGCAGAGGCUGGUUUGGGAGGAUGAUUGGCCGAGGGGGCGGCAAGUGAUGCAUGAUGUUGUGUAUGCAGUCGUCGUCUCGUUUUUUUUUUUUUUGUGGUGGUGCGGUUCUCCUCAAGCGUUGUUGAAGGAGGGUACGGAAACGAGCGGCGGUAGGGGACGAGGCGAGAGAGCGGGGGAGGAUAGCGAAGACGGUUGUUUUUUGCUGGCUGUUGAUCUGGAUUGUCUUAUGGCUCGGGGCGUGCUGCUUCCGCUGCUGCCAUUGCUGUACCCACCGCUACUUACUGUCGGUGGUCGGCAUAUUCUUGCACCCGUUGUUUCUUGCGUCGAAGAACUCCGCUUUAGUUUGUUGCCCAUAUCGAUCUGUUGGUUGAGGCUGCAGCCGUGCUUCUUUCAGGCGUUCGUUUUGCCUGCCCCUCAUACUCUACACGGGUAAGCGCACGGCUGCUGGUUGUUGUUGCUGUGGUUGCAGAGUUGAAGCUGAACCCCAAGGAACGUUAGUGGUCCACAAGCUUGUCAAUGCCAACCACUCGUAGAAAUCCUGGUACGAUCUUGCGCCUGGUAGCAUACGAUCUUGCUUGUACGCGGGCUAUAGAUCAUACCGCCGAUACUCUACUACAGUCGGCGUUGCGGCAACGCCUCUCGAUGCUGAGCUAAGUCCAGAAGUCCAGUCCUGCCUCAAAUAGUUGUGUUUCGUCCGGUGGUGCACAACGUGUUUCCGUGAAAUGAAUGUGUCGCAUGGUCUAUAUACUCUGUUCGCCACACGAAAUGCCAGGUCGGCAUUUUCCGACACAUUUGCUACUCAGUUGCGUGCACGUCGCGGGGAUUGGAGCCGAAAAACAAAACGGAUGCCCGUUUCCGAUGAAACGUGCAAGGUGCAACACCCGUAUCAGUGAUGUACAGUAGUAGCAGUCCUUCUCUAGGACGAUAACAAUCGCGUCGGGAGAACUUGUUGGAGGUUUCGGCUUCUUUUUGCUGCGAAUGGGGUCCGCUCCAAGCCUACUUCCUUCAUUUGACGCGUUACGAGGAUUGCAUUACGCCCGUAACUCCUAACUUGGUUGGUGGAGAUGAGACAAGAGACCCGAAAGAUGCCGUUCUAAUAUCGUAUCGAUGUUGAUAGGCAAAGGUGGGCUCCAUUUAUGAGGACGCCCCCCCCAAACUGUCAUCAUUCUGAAACAUCCACGAACAAUAUCUGCUCGCGAAGCAUGGACGUUGCAACGUCUUGCCCAUGUGACCACUACCCGCAUCGUUGCGGUGCUUGAUACAGUUGUGGUCGUGCUCGAUCGUUCCCGAGACGCAGCUACCCUGCAGGAGGGGGUAAACACCAGGGCUUUUUUCUUCUAUUUAUUUCUUUUCAUGCCCCACCUUCCUCCUGCGGCGCGUGCUGAAUGUUUUUUUUAUCGCGAGAAGAGUCCAGCCGUCUCUUUCCCUCGUCAACGGUGCUAACAUCGAAGUUUGGUACUCACGAGAGCUUGUCAGCUAUAUUUCGCUUUCACCCGCACAUUUCGCAAGUUUUUCACCCCGUGGGGAUU